GUGAAUGGAGGAUUCGGGCUGGCUCGGUUCAGCGAGGUGAAGCGCUAACCUGUGAGGGCGCUAAUCUCCAGCAGGGAGGCGAGGGGUGAGUGAGAGUGAGUGUCUCUGGUGAAGUACAAACCCCCAUCAUCCCUGUCCCCGUCCCAUCCCCGCCAGUACUCCCAACUCUUCCCAGCGAGGACGGACCGGACUGGACUUCAGGACCGGACUGGACUUCAGGACUGGACUGGACUCUCUCAGGCUCCCGGUUCUGCCGCACCGGGACUUUGCUACUAACCCCGCAGGAGGUGAGGCGGAACACGAGGGGGACCGAAGACGGCGUGACCCACCUUCUGCUCCAGAGGAGAAGAAGGCUUCCCUCUUUGGGGUGCAUUGAAGGCAACGUGUUGGGAGUUUCCAGCUGCUUGUUGAGUACACUGCCGACUUCGCUGCGCCGCGGUUUCCUGGUGCUUUGCAGGCAAAUUUGUCUCUCCGCCUUGCGCGUCUAAAGUGAGGAUGCAAAUGAGGACCGGGCUUCUUGAGUUACAUCGACACCGAGCUGCUGAAGCCUUAGGUUACCUGGGCUGUGCACCUGGCAGGGUGAAGUAAAGAAAACGUAAAGCUAUGAAGAUUGAACAAGGUCCACUUUUUUAAUCUAAUCUGCAUGGGACUUGCGUACAGAGGUGGAACAGGUGAGAUAACGCAAGUAGGUGUGAGCCUGUUUGUGGGCGAGUCCGGAAUGAGGAGACGAGCGGAUUAUAACGAUUUGCAAUUCAGCAUCACAGGGUAUUUCUGAGUGACGACUGAGGGAAGAGAGAUCUGGGAUUAAGACUUGGGAGAGUUUGCGCCUUGCCCGUGUAAAACGGAUCCAGAAAUACCUGUAGUGGUCAUUCAGCUCGCCUGUUGGAUUCAAAACAAAACAAAUGGCAGUUGGACUUUGAAAGCAACCCGAUUGGACCAAUUAUCCUGCCUGAAUGGAAAGAUGAAGUCAUGAUGUCUCAUGACGACGGACUUUGAUCCACCGAUCGCUCGGACCUCGCGGACGUAUUGGGAGGCUGAGAUGCCCGACCCUUGAGCAUUUCGACAACGGCCGCCUGGAGGGUGCGAGUGCGACUCUGUUGAACCUUAACGGGAUCACCGACCGGGAAGGGGAGCUAGCCCUGUGCUAGGGGCCCCCACCCACUCGGCCGGGGGGGUGGGGGGGGAUCAUGUAUGUGCUGUGCACCCUGGUGGUCCUCACCCUCCACAGUCUGAUCAAGAGCUACUACAAGGCCCUGGAGGCGAAGGCCGACCCGGACGCUGAGCCGGGGAGGAGGCGAGGCGGCUCGGACCCCGAGCGGGCAGACGGAGCCCCUUCAGGGGGUAGGCCUGGGGACGGGAGCGGCCAGAGAAGGGUCCUGAGCCGUGGGGAGCUGGCCCACUGCAGACUGGAGUCUCAGCCUGGGAGAGCAGGCCGCCUGUACUACGCACCAAACAGGAGGAAGCUUUUGAAGCAGCCGGUCCAGCGGUCCAGCGCUCUGCUCUGUCCUGCGGUCAUGUUUGGAACCAGAAAGACCUGGGACCUCGGCGACGCCCCCUGCCUUCAGGAGCUCUGGAAGAAAGACCUCUCAUUGGACGCCAGCUCAGUGGACUUCUUGAUGAGUGAUGGUGAGGACGAGGGUUCCUUCCUGUCUCUUCCCGCCUCCGCCUUCUCCCAGCGCCCCUCUCUGACCCCCGACUUCUCUGAGGCCCACCUACCCGGCCAGCAGCUCCUCAUCCAGAAGGUCUCCUGGUUCUACUGCUGGACCACCAACGAUACCCUGCAGGAAAAGGUGUGUGAGAUCCAGGCCCGGCUGCACAGCGAGGAGCGCGCCCGCCAGCUGCAGCUGCAGAGGCUGCAGCAGAGUCACGAGCAGAGCGUUCUGGAGAACACCAGCAUCAUCCGCACACUGCAGGAGGAGCUGCUCUCCUCCCAGCCCAGCGCACCGGCUGAACCACAGGAAGAGAGGCAGCCGCAGAAACCCACCGAGACCCAGCCCAGCGGCCCGGAGAGAGAGCAGCUCAUAGCUCAGCUGCACACACAGGUGGAGGAGCUGGAGGUGAAGCUGUUGGACCAGACCCAGGAGGUGGGGAGACUGCGCUCUGAGCUGGGGGCGACAGAUCUGGAGAAGCACCUGGAGCUUCUGGUGGUCGAGAAUGAGCGGCUGAAGCAGGAGCUGAAGGCGUGCCGGACGUCGGCGGCCCCCCCUCCGGCCCCCCCGGUGUCCCCCGCCUGCCCCGCCUGCCCCCACGGACAGGAUGCCGAGGCCCUGCGCGGCGAGGUGUCCCGCUGGGAGGGCCAGGCGCGGCAGCGGGAGCGGCGGCUGGCCGAGGUGGAGCGCGAGCUGCUGCAGAGCCACGCCCAGCGGGCGGAGCUGCAGGCCGCGCUGGAGGAGGGCCACUCCCAGCUGGACGAGAGCCGGCGGCGGCGGGGCGACGCGGAGCAGCGGCUCGGGCUCCGCCUCCAGGAGUGUGAGGAGGAGCUGGCCCGGCAGGCCGCCGCGCCGGCGCCCGUCAAGUACGUGACCCAGACGGUGGAGGUGGAGAACGCCCAGACGGGCCGGGCGCUGGCGGAGGCGCGGGCGCAGAGCGGCGCCCUGACGGAGCAGCUGCUGGUGCAGAGGCAGCUGCUGCGGGAGCUGGAGACGCAGCUGCACGAGUCCCAGAGGAGCUGCACCCAGCUGCGCACCCAGAUCCUGGUGUACGAGGGGGAGAUGGAGCGGGCCCAGGGGCAGCUGGAGGUGGAGAUGCAGAGCCUGGAGGAGGAGAAGAACCGCGUGAUCGAGGAGGCCUUCGUGAGGGCCGAGAGCGAGAUGAAGGCGGUCCACGAUAACCUGGCAGGUGUCCGUAUGAACCUGCUGACCCUGCAGCCCGCGCUGCGCACUCUGACCUGCGACUACAACCUGCUCAAGAGGCAGGUGCAGGAGUUCCCCUACAUGCUGGACAAGGCCAUCGUGGAGGCCAAGCAGGAGAUCUGCCAGGUGAUCAACGAGGUGAGCGCAGCCAACCAGGAGCUCCUGAGGAAAUACAAGCGGGAGAUGAACCUGAGGAAGAAGUGUCACAACGAGCUGGUGCGCCUCAAAGGCAACAUCCGGGUGUUCUGCCGGGUGCGGCCGGUCAGCCACGAGGAGCACGUCUCCGCCGAGUCCCGGAACAUGGUCAGCUUCGACUCGGACGAUGACGCGGUCCUCUACCUCUCCAACAAGGGCAAGACCAUGACCUUCGACCUCGACAAGGUCUUCCCACCGCAGGCCACGCAGGAAGAGGUGUUCCAGGAGGUCCAGUCGCUGGUGACCUCGUGCAUCGACGGCUUCAACGUCUGCAUCUUCGCCUACGGACAGACGGGCUCGGGGAAGACCUACACCAUGGAGGGCGCGGGCCAGAACCCGGGCAUCAACCAGCGGGCGCUCCGGCUGCUCUUCUCCGAGGUCAUGGAGAAGAAGCCCGACUGGGACUACAGGAUCACCGUCAGCAUGGUGGAGAUCUACAACGAGACCCUGAGGAACCUCCUGGGAGACAACCCCAGCGAGAAGCUGGACAUCAAGAUGAACCCAGACGGCAGCGGGCAGCUCUACGUCCCCGGCCUCACCCAGAUCACCGUGCAGUGCCCGGAGGACAUCAACCGGGUGUUUGAGCUCGGCCACAUGAACCGGGCGACCGCCUGCACCAACCUCAACGAGCACAGCUCCCGCUCCCACGCGCUGCUCGUCAUCACGGUGGCGGGCUUCAACUCGGCCACCGGAAACCGCACUCAAGGUAAGCUGAACCUGGUGGACCUGGCGGGCUCGGAGCGCAUCGCCAAGUCGGGCGCGGAGGGCAGCCGGCUGCGCGAGGCGCAGUGCAUCAACAAGUCUCUGUCGGCGCUGGGCGACGUCAUCAACGCGCUGCGCUGCCGCCACUCCCACGUGCCCUUCAGGAACUCGCGGCUCACCUACCUGCUGCAGGACUCGCUGAGCGGGGACAGCAAGACCCUCAUGAUGGUGCAGGUGUCCCCGUUGGUCAGCAACAUGAGCGAGUCGGUCUGCUCCCUCAAGUUCGCCCAGCGCGUCCGCAGCGUUGAACUGGGCUCGGCCUCCGCCUUCAAGAGGGUGGAGAACUCCUCCACCUCCUCGUCGCCCACCCACGACAGUGUGGAGCUGGACUCUCCGCCCGUGACGCCGGUGCCGCUCCCCAUCUCUCGGGCCAGCAGCGCCGGCUCCACCCUCUCCUCCACCUCCCGGACCCCCAGCACGCGCCGACGCUCCCAGUCUCAACUCUCGACAGACAGACAGGUAGACAGAGGCAGCCCGUUGGUGGGGGACAGUGGGCAGGACGACUGAAGCUGACGGCGUGAGGUUCCGGGGGGGAGAGAACGUCCAGGAGAGAGUGCAGCACGGACACGACUCCAGUCGCGGCUCCCUAAACAACAUGUCUCUGCUUUGCUUCACUCCUCUCUGGGAGUGCAGGAUGAGGACGUUUGAGGGAGUGACGGAGGGAACGCCGAAGAGGGAGUGAUGAGGAGCGGGGGAGGUGUCACACAAAGCAAUCUCUCGCCCGCAGCAGUUCACACAAGUUUUUUUUUCUAAAGUUCCACUGAGGCUGCUUCAUCAGCACCCUGAACUUCAAGUUUCCCUCGUCAGCAGUCAAACCGAGGGGGGAUGUUGACUGGUGGCUGUCAAAAAGACAGCCCAUACUAACCCCCCCCACCCCCCCUCCUGGACCUUAGAUAAGCUCUGCCUCCGUCCGGAAACCAUUGGUUACGGCCGCUAACCCUUUUUUCUUCCUGAUGCCCUAACACAGUAUAUACUUUGCGAUUACAGUAUUCCAUGGUAAAGUUGCACUUUAAACUUUAGUUUUGUUUGUUUAUGUGUAUUAACAUAAGUUAUGCUUGAUUUUUAAAGUAUGGGUAAUACGGUAUAUCUAUUUAUGUUUUGACAUGCUUUAAUCUACAUUUUUAUUUUGCUUAAACUUUCCAAUGGAGGCCGAUGUGUUUAUCUUUUUUGCAUUUACCUGAAGGCCUCCUUUUAUCCAAUCAGGGUACUCCACUGAAUCCAAGAUGGGGCAUAUUCUGUCCAAUAGGACAUGAGCAAUAGAAGAGUGUAGAAGGCUGGAGAACACCAUCUCUUUAGUAUGUUUGGGUUUGAAUCCACAGGGGGGAAUAACUAGUGUCAACCUCAACCCCGCAUGGAAGAAUUUCCGACAGGAACACACGACAGGAACGACCAUUCCUGCACUGUGAAUUCUUCCAUGAGUGGCUUGGUGCUUACCAAACUAAAACCACGUGACGGGACGGGACGCGUGCGUAUGCAGUGGUGAUCCGGGCGGGGGGCGUAUGUAUGUGUGUAUAUAAUAUAUGACUGCUUAGGACUUUGAAACCACUGAACUGGUGGAGCGUGUUGUCAGUAAAUUGUCGCUAACCCAAUGUCCCGAGAGGAGGAACGCUUGUCUGUCGUGCUCUGCUUGCUUAUCUUUGUCGUAGAUUUCUAGCCGUGAUUUUGUAUGAAACCCUUUUUAAAUAAACACUCGACACCAAAUG